AUGAAGAACUGCAGAGAUGGGUGCAGGCCAUUGCACUGACCAAAAGCUUGGAGUUCACAAUUACUGGACUAAAACCUGAUAUGGUCUAUGAAUUCUGCGUCAAAGCGGUAAACAAAGUUGGAAGCAGUGAGCGCAGCCGCUAUUCCGAUGCAGCUGCGGCAGUGGAAAGAACUGUCGAGGCAGCAUUCAAUGUGGACACCGAGUCCUUGUGGUUCAGAACGGCACAGCGUUUACCCUCAAUGUUUCAUUCAAAGGAAAACCUGUUCCCUCAGUGGAAUGGGCCAAAGAAGGCAGCGAUCUCAAGGCGAGAGGAACAAUUGAUUCAACAAACUCCAGCACUUCGCUGACCGUUGAAAAGUCAACGAGAAAUGAUUCUGGAGAAUACUGUGUCAGUAUUGAAUCAUCACUAGGAAAAGCAACAUUACCCAUCGUUGUCAAUGUGCUCGACUCUCCCGGACUCCCAGUCAAUGUCAAAGUUUCAGCAGUAACCAGGGAGUCAGCAACCCUCACUUGGGAAGCCCCGGAGAAUGAUGGUGGAGAUGCAGUGAAGGCUCAUCAUGUUGAAAAGCGCGAGGCCAGUAAAAAGGCCUGGGUUUCUGUGACAAGUAACUGCCACGCAUUGAUGUAUAAAGUAGAAGCCCUGCUUGAAGGAGCCAUCUACUACUUCAGAGUUAUCGGAGAGAACGAAUAUGGCGUGGGCGUACCACAAGAGGCUAAGGCUGGCACCAAGAUUACAGCUAAACUUCAAAUCGAUCCCUUUUCAUUGCAUCAAGUUUGCAAAACGAACUCAUUCAACGGUACCCUUUUUGUUUCAUAGAGGUGCCAAGUGUCCCCAUGAAACUGGGAGUUGCAAAUGUCACCAAAGACAGCGUUACAAUUUGCUGGACCCGACCCGAGUACGACGGUGGGAGUAGAGUGAAGGGUUACCUCGUUGAUGCUCUGGAGAAGGGACAGACAAAUUGGGUCAAGUGUGCCACAGUGAGGGCCAUGAGCCAUACCAUAAAAAGCCUGAGGGAAGGCACAGAGUACUUCUUCAGAGUGCGAGCUGAGAACUAUGCUGGACUAAGUGAACCAAAAGAGAUGAUUGUACCAGUUGUCGUCAAGGAACUUCAAGAGGCUCCAGAGUUUGAUCUGAAAAAUUACCCCAAGAAUACUGUUUAUGUAAGAGCUGGAGCCAACCUUACCUUUGACAUUCCAAUGACUGGGAAGCCAAUGCCUAACGUGACUUUGUCUAAGAACAAUGUCGUCAUCAAGGGAUCCAAAAGACUAUUGACUGAAGUCACUCCUGACAGCUUAACAUUCACCCUGAAUGAAAGCAUGACAAGUGAUGCUGGAAAAUAUGAAGUAACUGCCUCGAACCUUGGUGGUGCCACCAAGAUCUUCAUGAAGGUCAUUGUACUAGAUUAACCUGGACCCCCUGUUGGCGCUGUGGAGAUAGGAGAGGUUGGAGAGACCACAGCAUACCUGAAAUGGGCCCCUCCAGAAUACGAUGGUGGAAGUCCCGUUACCAAUUAUCUCGUCCUGAGACGGGAAACUAGCACACCUACUUGGACAGAGAUGUCAAGUAACAUUGCCAGAAGUGAAUUCAAGGCAACAAAGCUGACCAAGGGGGAGGAAUAUCAGUUCAGAAUUAAGGCUCAGAAUCGCUAUGGUGUCAGUGACCACAUUGACAGCAAGCCAGUCAUGAUCAAGCUUCCAUUCACCUUCCCUGGGCCUCCAUCCACACCUUGGGUUAGUUUCGUAUGUAGAGAUAACCUAACAGUCUGCUGGAACGAACCGGUCAACGACGGUGGGAAUCCCGUGAUUGGAUAUCAUCUGCAGAUGAAGGAAAGGAGCAGUAUUCUCUGGCAAAAGAUUAAUAAAAUGGCAGUACCAGGAAACCAGUUACGGGUCACCAACAUCUGCCCGGGUCUCAUCUACGAGUUCAAGGUGGCGGCUGAAAAUGCUGCCGGUAUUGGAAAGAUGAGCAAGAUAUCUGAAGAGGUGCUGGCUAUUGACGCGUGUGAGCCUCCCGCUAAUGUCCAUGUCACUGAAGUCACAAAGAACUCAGUCAGCCUGUCCUGGCAGAGGCCACCAUAUGAUGGUGGCAGUAAGAUCACUGGCUACAGUGUGGAGAGAAGGGAAGCAGCCAGUGGCAGAUGGGUGAAGGCUAAUUUCUCAAAUAUCCCUGAGAUGGACUUCACAGUGUCUGGCCUGAACCAGAAUGAAUCUUAUGAAUUCAGGGUGUAUGCAAAGAAUGCUCUUGGCUCUGUCAGUAACCCUUCUCUUAUUGCCGGCCCAGUAACUUGUAUUGAUGCAUGUGGUGCUCCAGCCCUUGACGUCCCUCCAGAGUAUUUGGAUGUGGUUCAGUACAAAGCCGGAACUUCCGUUAAAAUCAGAGUCAGAAUCAUCGCAAAACCUCAGCCAAGCAUAGAGUGGCUGAAGAAUGGAAAGGAGCUUGUGGCUUCUUCUUCCUUGUGCGUGGAAAGCACAACCGACUCGUCGGCCGUCGUGAUCAAGGAUGCGACCCGCAAGCACACUGGCUCGUAUCAGGUCAAGAUCAAGAAUAUCCUGGGCUCUGCAACUGCCACGAUCGCAGUUGAAAUCCUUGACAAACCUGGACCCCCAGCUGGUAGCAUAAAUUUUACCCUCAUUACAGCAGACAGAAUCACCUUCCGCUGGGAACCUGUGAGUGAGGCUGACCUCGGAGGUUCACAGGUGACACACUACAUUGUCGAGAGGCGUGAAACCAGCAGAGUGGUUUGGUCCACUAUCUCAGAGAGCCAUGAACAGACAUACAUCUCUGUCGGAAAACUGGUGCGAGGAAAUGAAUAUGUGUUCCGCGUGAUGGCUGUUAACAAGUAUGGCAUUGGUGUGCCACUGGAGUCAGAGGCUGUUGUUGCAAAGAAUGCUUUUGUAACUCCGGGGCAGCCACAUACUCCUGAGGUGAACACCAUCACCAAGACUACUAUGGUGGUAGAAUGGGAAGGUCCGGGUAUAGAUGGGGGUAGCACAGUUACUGGCUACUACCUGGAGAGACGUGACAAGAAGAGUUUGCGCUGGAUCCGAGUUUGCAAGGAUCCUAUUCCUGACAACAAACAGACUGUCUACCACCUAACUGAAGGAAAUGAUUACCAGUAUCGUGUCUGUGCCAUUAACAAGGCCGGGGAAGGACCCUUCUCAGAUGUAUCUGACUUCUAUAAGGCUGCUGAUCCAAUUGAUCCACCAGAUGAGCCUUGCAAGCUGAAGGUGAUGGAUUCCACAAAGACCUCUAUCACAUUGGGAUGGUCCAAGCCAGAAUGGGAUGGAGGCAGUGAGGUGACCAGCUACAUGGUGGAGAAACUCAACGAGGGAGAGGAAGAUUGGGCAAUGGUUACUUCAAAGGGAGAGGUCAAGUUGACAGAGUACACUGUACAUGACUUAAAGCCAGACGUGAACUACUUCUUUCGAGUUUCUGCUGUCAACUGCGUAGGCCUUGGUGAACCCUUGCAGAUGACUGAACCCGUACAGGCUAAAGAUAUCCUAGAGGAAGCACAGAUUGACUCCGAUGUGGCCACAAGAACUCAUUAUAUUGUGAAAGCCGGCAAGGACGUGGAGCUCUCUGUUCCGCUGAAGGGUCGACCAUCUCCCUGUGCUUCCUGGAGCAAAGGAGAUGUAUGCAUUGACAACAACCCCUCUUUUGAGUUCCACCAUUCAGAUACAACCACAGUCCUCAUUAUGCGUGAAGUAACCAAGCUUGACACUGGAAAAUAUACAGUCAAGAUUGAGAACGGUGUGGGAGAGCCCAAGACAUUAACCUUGUCGGUAAAGGUCCAGGACUCUCCAUCUCAGUGCAGGAACCUGACAUUGAAAGAAGUAACCAGCGGGAAAGUAACUCUUUGCUGGGAGAGCCCACUCCUCGAUGGUGGCGCUGAAAUCACCAACUACAUUAUUGAGAAGAGAGACUCUUCAAAGAGAUCGUACUCUACAGUAACAAGCAAAUGCACUGACACAAUCUACACAAUUGAAGAUCUCUCUGAAAAGACAUCCUACUUCUUCCGUCUUCUAGCAGAGAAUGAGAAUGGUGUUGGUGAACCAUGCGAAACACUCGAACCAGUGAAGGCUACACAGACCCCUGGACCAGUCAAAGACGUUUCGAUGAAGGAUUCCUCUAAGUCUUCUGUUAGUCUGCAGUGGCUAAAGCCUGAUUAUGAUGGCGGAAGUAUCAUCUCCGACUACAUCAUUGAAAAGAAAACUUCAGAUGAGGAAUGGACACUGGGAGGAACGAGCCGAUACUGUGAAUUUGAGGUAAAAAAACUAAAGGAGCACUCUGAUAUGUUCUUCAGAGUAGCUGCUCGAAAUGAGAAGGGCCAGGGGGAUUUUGUGAAGAUAGGGCCAAUCAAAGUAAUCGACUACGUAAUUACGCCUGAAGCAAGCCUUGCAGACUAUCCAGACGGAAGAAUUUGUGUUCGCUUAGGUCAUAAUGUCCACAUUGAGCUGCCAUACAAAGGUAAACCCAAACCAACGGUCUUUUGGCUGAAGGAUAACCUUCCCUUGAAGGAAAGCAAUGAAAUACGCUUCAAGAAGACAGAGAACAAAGCCACACUCAUGAUAAAGAAUGUGAAGAAAGAGAAUGAGGGUAAAUUCACACUCACUCUUGACAACAAAAUCAACAGAAAGUCUUUCCAUAUCCACGUCAUUACCCUCGGACCCCCAUCAAAGCCCCUUGGACCCAUCCGCCUUGAUGACGUAAGAGCAGAAAGCGUCACGAUCUCCUGGGAUGAGCCCCAGGUUGACGGAGGUGGAGAAAUCAACUGCUACAGUGUAGAGAAGCGCGACACUUCUCAGCCUGACUGGAAGAUGGCUUGUUCCAGUGUGGAAGGAACUCAAUUCAAAGUGCCUAACCUUAUCAAGGGUGUCCAAUAUCAGUUCAGAGUGUGUGCUGAGAACAGGUAUGGUGUCAGUGAACCCCUCGUCUCACAAACGGUAAUUGCCAAGCACCAGUUCAGGCCCCCAGGUCCGCCAGGCAAGCCUGUUGUGUACAACAUCACUAACGAUGGCAUGACUAUCCAGUGGGAGAAGCCCAUCUAUGACGGUGGUACCCCCAUCCAGGGAUUCCAUGUGGAGAAGAGGGAAAAGAACAGCUUUAUGUGGCAGAAGGUGAACAUGGCGCUCAUCAGAGAAACUGAGUACAGGAUCUCGGAUCUCAUUGAAGGCCUCGAGUACUCGUUCAGAGUCUAUGCACAGAAUGAUGCUGGCUGCAGCCGGAUGAGUGAUGAGAGUAAGCCCACUAUGGCUGUCAGUCCUGUUGAUCCUCCUGGCCAACCCGACUACACUGACGUGACUAGUGACUCAAUCACGCUAAAAUGGGACGCACCCAAACGUGAUGGAGGUAGCAAGAUUACUGGCUACAAUAUUGAGAAACGACAGAGACAAGGCCGUUGGUUCAAGGCCAACUUGAAUGAUGUUCAUGACUGCCAGUACACUGUGACUGGUUUGACAAUGAACGAGCGCUAUGAGUUCAGGGUGAUUGCUCGAAAUGCCAUUGGUGUCGUCAGCCCUCCGUCCAACUCAUCUGGUUUGAUUGUGGUCAGGAGCGAGAAUGCUGCUCCUCACAUUGAAUUUGGCCCAGAGUAUUUUGAGGGUUUGACUGUUAAAGCGGGUGACAACAUCAAGGUGAAAGUGGCCAUUACAGGACGGCCUGUUCCUAAGGUGCUCUGGUACCGAGAUGGUGUAGAAAUCACCAAAAGGAUGCUGGAUAUUAUCACUAUUGCUGGAUGCAGCACCCUUUUCAUCAGAGAUGCUGACCGCAGUCACCGUGGUCUCUACACCGUUGAAGCGACCAAUGGAUCUGGCGUAAAAAAGGAGGAUCUCUUGGUUCAAGUCCAAGACACUCCUGGAGAACCAGUAGGACCCAUCACAUUUAGCAACAUCUCAGAGGGCAGAUGUACUCUGUCCUGGAAUCCGCCAGAGAACGAUGGCUGCUCAGAAAUUACACAUUACAUCAUUGAGAAACGUGAAACAUCCAAGAUCUCUUGGGCAUUAGUGUCUGAAAACUGUCGAGAGUGCACUUUUAGUGCAACCAAACUCAUUAAGAUCAAUGAGUACCAGUUCAGGGUCUCAGCUGUCAACAGAUUUGGUGUUGGAAGACCAUUAGAAUCCUGCCCUAUUAUUGCACAGCUGCAAUACACUACCCCGAAUUCUCCAGGCACUCCAGAUGCCACUGAGAUCACAGGAGAAAGCAUAACUUUGGCCUGAACUCCUCCAACAUUUGAUGGCGGAAACCCCAUUCAUUUCUAUAUUCUGGAAAAACGAGAGAAAAAGACUGUCCGAUUCUACAAGGUGCUUUCAAAGAAACCCAUCACUGAAUGUGCUCACAAGGUUAUUAAUCUCUCAGAAGAUAUGGAGUAUGAGUUCCGGGUUAUUGCUGUGAAUGAGGCUGGUGUUGGAGCUCCCAGCAAUAUCUCCCUGCCCAUAAAAGCUGUUGAGCCUAAGGGUAUCCCAUGUGCCCCAUCUGUGGUCUGUGUGUCAGACUCCACUGGUGACUCCAUUAGUCUAGAAUGGACCAAGCCUGCAGAUGAUGGGGGUUCUGAUAUUCUGGGCUACAUCGUUGAGAUGGUUAAGAACGAUGAAACAGACUGGAACAGAGUAAAUACUGAGCUGGUGCCAGAAACAGAGUAUAAGGUGACUGGUCUACAUACUGGGGUUGAGUACAAAUUCCGCGUUGCAGCCAUAAAUCAAGUCGGAAGAGGCGAAGACAUGGCAACUCUAGAACCGGCUCAGGCCAUUGAUAGACUCACACCACCAGAGGUGGAUAUUGAUGCCACCUUCAAGCAAAUGAAGGUGGCAGUCAAAGCUGGCGGUUCAGUGAAGCUAAGUGUCCAAUUCAGGGGGAAGCCCGUCCCAGUUGCGACUUGGCUGAGAGAAGAAGGAGAACUAAGUGUGAUGUCAGAGGUCACAACUGCAGAGGGCAUUAGUACUCUGCAUAUUGAAAAUUGCUCAAGAAAUUAUUCGGGAAAAUACAUUUUCAACCUAAAGAACAGCAGUGGUAGCGAGGCCAUCAUUUUCACUGUGAAAGUAAUGGACACUCCUGGGGCUCCUCAGGCUUUAGCCUUUCAAGAGGGUUAGGACCACCGUGUCGCUCAAAUGGUUGACUCCACUGAAUGACGGUGGAAGUCCAAUCGUGGGUUACAUUAUUGAACGCAAACCAUACACUUUGACUGGGGAGGGCCGUUGGCUGAAAUGUAACUACACGAAUG